AGUCACGGGACUGGAGAGGAAAACACUCCGCAUACGCGUCCAGCCAGCGCCGCCGACCAGCUCCGGGAAAAUGAGCGAGUCUUUAGUUGUGUGCGAGGUGGAUGGAGAUCUGGUGAAGAAGCUGAGGGAUUUCCGCUUCAGGAAGGAAACCAACAAUGCUGCCAUCAUCAUGAAGAUCGAUAAGGACAGACAGCUGGUCAUCUUAGACGAAGAGCACGAGGACAUCUCUCCUGAUGAUCUCAAAGAUGAGCUGCCGGAGAGGCAGCCCAGAUUUAUAGUGUACAGUUACAAAUACCAGCACGAUGAUGGGAGAGUGUCGUACCCGCUCUGCUUCAUCUUCUCCAGUCCAGUUGGGUGUAAGCCGGAGCAGCAGAUGAUGUACGCUGGGAGCAAAAACAAACUGGUGCAGACGGUGGAACUGACCAAGGUGUUUGAAAUCAGGAACACUGAGGAUCUCACCGAGGAGUGGCUGAGAGAGAAACUGGGCUUCUUCCGUUAAAAAUAGCUGUAAAGACAACAGGAUGACCAAGACGUCGUACGUCCCCUCCAAGAGACAAAACCAUUCAUUUAACACUAUGUGUGUGUGUGUGUGUGCGCGCGCACAGGUGUGUGUGUGUGUGUGUGUGUGUGUGUGUGUGCGCGCACAGGUGUGUGUGUGUGUGUGUGUGUGUGUGUUUUUAUUUUUUGUUAAUGUUUUAUUUGUUUGACCCAAACACUACGCUAACGAGCUCUGGAUUCAUACGGAUGACGGGAAUCUGUUAAAGUGGGAGCAAAACUAUUAACUGGUCUUUCACUUUUGUUAAGGCAUUUUUACAGUCGUUCCACUUUAGGAGUAAAAUUUUGUAAACACUGCUGCGCCUCACGAAUUAGCCAGGAAAUAGCAGGUUAUCCAGACCCUGUUAUUCUUUUCCAACGGAUUGUAUCCGGAGGCCAGUAAACGGGCACUGUCGUAGGAAAACCUGUGGACUUAAUGAAACUUUAUUUACUCGUUCAUUCAACAUGAAAUGGUGUAAAAAUAAAAAACUCAGGUUUUCUAACAACAGUGAUGACGUGAUAACGGCUGUGGCGGCUGGAGACGACUGCAUUCGCUAAGUUUGACUUGCUGCUGCUGUCGGCGGCUUUCCCGCUACAGCACGAUCACGAGCACGACGCUGCUCAAAUGUGAGGUUUAAAGAGCCCAUAUUACCUAAAACUGAACUGAGAUGAAUAAAUACUAGGGAAGGGACAGUUACCGCUAUUAAUGACAUCCUGUGCCGUAAAGUCAUACAGGCAUUGUUAAACCAUUCCUUGCAGUCCAUAAAGGGACACUAGGCUGAGAAAACGGCUUGUUUUGAGUUCAUUGUUUCUGUUGUGUCACAGAAACCAACGUAUUUGCAUAUUACAAUAUAUUAUAAUAUUAUAUUUACAUAUUACAUGUUUGUAAUCACAGCUGUGAAUCGGUCCCAGUACAUCGUUCCACCUGUGAUUUUUAAGCACCUCCAGUGUUUUACUGCUGUCAUGUAGUUUUAGAGAGAAAAGAAGAAGGUAAAGGAAAGAAGUCCCGAACAUUGCCAGAAAAAGUAGUUCCAGCUGGGGGCGAGUGUAAUGAUACAGGGAUGCUGCGCUGCUUCCAGAUAUAACAACACAGAACAUAUUUCAGCCAGUCAGAUUGUGGGGGCGGAGCUAAGUGUUUAGAUUAACAUAAACGCAGAUUUAAUAUUCAGUUAAACGGGUUAUUGGACACUUGGUUUAAAAUGCACACUAGGGAAGGGACAGUUAGCACAAUUAAUGAUCUCGUGUGAGAUAAAAAUGAUACCGUUUUUAAUUUAAAAAGCCUGAUAACCGUUUAUGAUGAUGAGCUUAUUGAAGAAGUGGCUGAGGGAGUAAACGGCUCUGCUGCUACAGUCUGAGCAGUAAGCAGUUCUGUACUGAAUGAUAAACACAUGUUUACACUCAUGAUCUGAACAGUAAACAAGAGCGUUUGAAUAAACAUUUAUAUUUACAUAUAAUUUGUAAUAAUAAGUUGUCGGAACAAAACCUUGCAUGUCCAAAAUGGUGAGUUUACAGAAGGGAAAACAUACUUUACCUUUAAUGUAAGUCAGUGGAACCAGAAUUUGUUGUGUAUAUACACACACACACACACACACACACACACACACACACACACACACACAUUAAUAACAGUAAUACUGAAAAACUCUGAUAAUCUUGGUCGCUGAUAUGGAGAUAGGAAAUGUUCAUAUCCCAUCGCUAGUGGGCACAUUAUUUUAUCAGGAACAGUUCAGACAGUAGGUCAGCACUACAUCACUAAACUGGAUUAACCUCUUUACUAGACCACUGUGAAGAGAUGCUGAACACACAGAAGGGGAAUAUGAGUUUUAGUGUGUGUGUGUGUGUGUGUGUGUGUGUGUGUGUGUGUGUGUGUGAAUAUACACACUACCAUUCAAAUGUUUGGAUCCAGAGUUUUCCGUCUUUGGCGUCGGAUAAAUACACGUGAUUAAUUCGCUCAUCCUGAUCAUCUUCCGUCUCCAGAUAAUCAGAAAUUCCAUCAGAAUUGUAACUUAAACAGGUGAUUGUAGUUCAUUUGUCAUUUAAUACCUUCUGUGUUCACAGGAUGAUGGAACAUUGAACAAAGCUAAUCUGAAAAUGUCUUUCGCUGAAUCGUUUGUGAUGUUUAAAUCCGUCACGUUACGUAUAGAAAAUAAAACAUUCCAAACAUUUGAAGGAGAGCGUAUUAAACUGGACAGGAGAGACGCAGCAGCUCUAAAUCUGUUUGGGAAUGAAACAGCAGAGAAAUAGCUAUGAAUAUGUUUCCAUAACAGAGCCGUUUUUCCUCACAACAUUCCGGAUUAAAUUAAUUACUGCGGCGCUCCGAUACUGGACCAAACUACACACUACAGAAUACACUGCAGUCUAAUGUGGGCUGGCUGUGCCUUCACGUUACAGACAGACAUUUCUAGGAGAAUGUCAUUAAAACCUCACUCACUCCUUCUCUCACUCCUUCCUUCACUCCUUCUCUCACUCCUUCUCUCACUCCUUCCUUCACUCCUUCCUUUCUUCCUUCCUUCACUCCCUCCCUCACUCCUUCCUUCCUUCCCUCACUCCUUCCUUCCCUCCUUCCUUCCCUCACUCCUUCCCUCACUUCUUCCUUCCUUCCUUCCUCUUUUUGUGUACGAUGCCAGUUGUGAACAUUUUCUUGUGGUCCAAAAUGACACAGAAUAAAAUCUUGUUAUUUUAAAUUAUACUAACAGAGAUCUGAGGCUUUGUUGCGACUCCCUGACGCUUCAUCUUCCACUCCUUACUGCCUGUUUGACCCUCACAGUAAAGCUAACGACUGAAUGACCAGUUAGCGUGGCUGCAAGUAAUGCUAAUGCUAACGCUAACCUUCCCUCGUUAUUCAAAUUGUUGGUGUUUUGAGUGGAAUUUGCCUCUUAAAGGCCACAGGGUGGUCACUUAUUGAUGUAAACCUGGUCAGCACAGCGGGUUUAGUGUCUGAGGUUUGCUUUUCAAGGUUGAGCACUGGAGCUACGAGGCUAACAUAGCUAACAAACGAUGCAAACUUAGCAUGUGGCUAACCCCCCGGAUGAACGUGCUCCUCGGAGCGCGUGGAGGCGUUCAGGGUCUGUUGGGCGUUGCGGUUUCCGGCGCUGCUGAACUCUCAUCCGGACUAAACUCCGGCGUCUGGAUCGUCAGCAGUGCUGUUUUUAGCUAUGCUAACACCCUUCUGUCCAUUUUGUUAGCUCCAGUGCUAAACUGACGAACUGGACUGUGGACACCGAAUGUGUUUGGGCUGAUCGGACUGAUUGAUUAAGGCGGAAACUGAUAUUUUGCUGAAUUAUUGCCUUUAUUUUAUGGCUGCGAGGUGAGACGAGUAAUGACAUCCAGCCGGACGCGGCUGGUCGAGAGGCGAUGGCCUUUUGACCCCGUCUGUGUUUUGGGCUCUCCUGUGUCGGUGAAGUCCCUGCGUCGCUGUUUCUGUGCUGAUCAGUGUUGUGUCCUCUUGUGUAUUUGAUUAAAACAAAUGUAUUUUUCUUACUUUACAAAUAAAGUGCUUAGAAAGGGUUUUUCAGAUUAAA